AUUGAAUCGGAACCCUCUACAAUCAAACAGACUAGAAGAUAUCGGAUACAAGUCUCCUGUGUUCGGACAAUUUGUUAAACUCUAUUUUUGACAUUUAUUAUUUCGAGUGAGAUUUAAGAAUGAAAGCCUUUAUCUGCAACAGACUGUAAUGGAUUUUACUAGCGUUCCUUGCAAGACAGUUCGCAGCAAUAUCUCAUGGGAGAGUUGUGUCCUGUCAUGACAUCCUACUCUGGUCUGUCGUGUCUCGGUGCACUGUCUCGCUCCUUCCUCUUAGGGCCGUAUGUCGGCCAGAAUAGAACAACUACAGUUCAGGUGAAUAGGAUUACAAAAAUAGCCUACGUGGUAUUUCUCCUCAUAAUGUUGGCCGGAUCGUGUAUUGCUUCCCCCCGUGUUGAAGAUACCGAGAAAGGAUCUGCGGUGUAUUUCAAAAGCAGAUUCUGUCAACCCAUAUCAGAAAGUGAACUAAGACGUCGGAUGGGUGGAUCAUUUGAUCGUAGUCACAUGUCACAUAGUGACGACUCUAUGAAACGUAGUGCCAGUGAUAUUGAGGGAAGUGACUUUGAGGAGGAUGAGGACGAGGACAGUGAAUUUUUUGACACUGUCGAUGACGAGGUGAGCGAAAGUGAUAUUAUAGACUACUCAGAAGGAGAUGCACAUCCGCAUCCAGCGGGUGAUUCGACAACACAUACUCCAAUUUAUAAUUUUAUGCGUAAAAAACGGGACAUAGCCGAUGACCUCGAUGAUAAUACUCUCCAACAGUUAUUAUUAAAUAAAGACAAACGUGGAGGUGAUGUUGAUCUUCAUCUUCAACUUUUACUCAGUGGAAAGAACAAAAAGGCCAGAAAACAAUUGAAAAAGAAAAUCCGUGCAAAAGUUCGAAAAAACUUGUUUAAAAAACCACCGCCAUGGGAGUGCAAAAUGAAGCCUGAUUGGCAAAGAAUGAAAACUGGUUUCUUCCCUACUUAUGUUCAAACUGGACGAUGUCAAACAUCUAAGUGUUUUUAUAGAUUAUAUGACUGUAUUCCAAAGAAAUAUGCCAUUAAACUUUUAAAGAGAGACCCCGAUCAGUGUAACCCUAUUCCCACUAUUGGACUAAACGCAACAUAUGAAGAACGGUGGUUCUUCGUGCGACAUUAUGUUACGCUAGCUUCUGUGAUGGGAUCAGACAAAAAUGCACGGAAAGGAGAUAUAGAACAGUGGGGUCCAGUUUACGGGUCGAUUGAUGUGCUGUGUUUAUCAGCUUUCGUGUGCCUUGACAAGUACCCGACGUGUUAUGGUGAUUUCACUGGACCCCAAAACAAUUGUAGUGAAGUUCGCUGGUUAGAAACUUUAAGAUAUGAUAUUAUUUGGUACUGUACAAGAAGCAGAUACAGAUUAGCAUUUGGACUAUUUUAUUGUGGUUAACAAUAUUUGCGUUCCGCUUUAUGUGUUAUUUGUACGAAGCGCUAAUUCUGUCGUCAAAUUGUAUAAAGGCAAUUUGUUAUUUAUGAUACAAUGAUAUUUAAGCUAAUCGUUAAAAUAUAAAUUUGUAAAACC